AUGUUCAAGUCCGUCUUCUUCAUCCUUUCCAUGAUCGCCGUCAUGGUCACUGCUGCUGACAAGGAAGUCACUUUGAGCACGGUCCAAACAAGAAAGCUUCAAACCGUGGCUCCCGUCGUCAUGGUUCCCAUUGCCGUCCCAGUCAUGGUCCCAGUCGUCAUUACCCCCCAUCCUACUCCUCAUCCUACUCCUGGCAAAGGAAAAGGUGGAAAAGGAAAGGGAGGAAAAGGAAAGGGUGCCAAAAUGGCCAAGAGAUCUUAUGAAUCUUCGUCGUCUCGAGGACACAGAUUGUACUAUUCUUCUUCUCGCCGUCACCAAGUCCGUUAA